UUUUUGAAGUGUACAGUGUACUGAACAAAGCACUAUACUUUUUCUAGUCUGAUUAGGCGUUUUUAUCAACUUUCUAUUAAUUAGUAAGUGUGUAGGUAAAAAGCAGUAAUUGUAAGUGAUAUUUUCUUUGGACCUCAGUCAUGCACGCUGUACGACGCUCGUGUUGGAGAUAUUCUUUUCGAGCAUUCAGUACAAAAGUUCCCGGAGUACCAGGAGCCGCGAAACCCAUACACGAGGUUCCUUUGUCGGAGGCAUUGCCUGGUUUUCCUAAACCGUCUUUCGCUGUGGUAAAUGAACGUGUCCAAAAUCAGACACGGGUUACGACAUUGAGCAAUGGACUGCGAGUGGCAUCACAACCAAAAUUCGGACAAUUCUGUACGAUUGGGACUGUGAUCGACGCUGGAUCUCGUUACGAGGUUGCCUAUCCGAGCGGAAUUUCUCAUUUUCUCGAGAAAGUCGCCUUUCAGUCUACCAAAGAGUUUAGCGGGCGUGAUGCCAUCCUGCAGGAGCUCGAAAAGCAUGGCGGAAUUUGUGAUUGUCAAGUUAGCCGAGAAACAGCUGUUUACGCUGUUUCAGUCGAAACGGAUGGCUACGACGGAAUUAUUAGAAUGCUUAACGAAGUUACCAGGAGAAUGCAGAUAUCCGACCCCGAAUUGGCUGAUGUGCGCCGAGCGGUGAAAUUCGAUUUAGACGAUCAGCAAAUCCGCCAUGAGCAAGAACCUUUGAUUAUGGAAAUGAUCCAUGCUGCGGCUUACCGGGAGAACACUCUUGGGUUGCCUCGUAUUUGUCCGGCUGAAAAUAUCGAGAAAAUCAGUCGAAAUACAAUUUUCACUUACUUAUCUCAGUAUUAUCAUCCAUCGCGAAUGGUCAUCGCGGCUGUGGGACUGGACCAUGACGCUCUUGUUAAGAGCGUGGAGAAAUAUUUCUUACAAACUAAAUCCAUGUGGGAAGAGGAUCCGAGCUUGCUCAGUCUUGACGCCAUGAAAUCUCCACCAGACCUCUCGCUUGCACAGUAUACCGGCGGGGAUAUUAGAAUUGAGAAAGAUCUUUCCGAUAUUAGCAUGGGACCAACACCCAUACCCGAAUUGGUGCAUUUCGCACUGGGUUUCGAAAGCUGUUCAUACAAAGACCCGGAUUUUAUUCCAUUUUGUGUAUUAAACAUACUUAUGGGUGGCGGUGGAUCGUUUAGCGCCGGUGGCCCCGGAAAAGGAAUGUAUACCCGUUUGUACUUGAAUGUUUUGAACCAGUACCACUGGAUGUUCAACGCGACAGCAUACAACCAUAGUUACGCUGAUACAGGCUUGUUCUGUAUCCAUGCCAGUGCUGAUCCAAAAAUGGCAUCAAACUUAGUUGAUGUUAUUGUUACUGAGUUUAGGAGGAUGACCGGUCCAAUAGAAGAGGAAGAACUGGAUCGUGCCAAAAUUCAGCUGUCAUCUAUGCUGAUGAUGAACUUGGAAUCUCGACCGGUAAUUUUCGAAGAUAUUGGCCGGCAAGUUUUGGCAUACGGUCACAGAAAGCCAUCCCGUCAGCUGGUCGACGAAAUUAACAACGUCACCGAACACGACAUUAGAAGAGUGGCCGAAAGGAUGUUGAAAUCCAAACCAUCCGUUGCUGGAUUGGGAGACGUGAAAGUAUUGCCGAGCUACUCUACAAUCGAGGCUCAACUCUUUAAGCAGCCAGAAGUGAAGAAAGCUCGAUCGUUUUCUCUUUUUGCUUGAUACGGAAUUGUUGCGUGGAAUGACGUUUUUUUGUGUCAUUAAUUUUUUGAACAAUUUUUUUAGAUUUUGACGUUGAUUUUUGAAAAUUGUUAUACCAACCUGGUGGAUAAUUAUUUCCGAGCGGCAGAUUUUUGUUCAAAUGCAGAAAUUAUGGCGUUAAACAUGACUGCCCGAAAACAGUGCAAGGUGUCGUUGUCACAAUGACAAAAUGACAAUCUAGUAGUGAUUCGAAGCCUAAAAUCUUCGAGGUUCUGUAAACAAUAAAUGUAUA